GAAACUUGUAGUCUUGCAAAAACACAACUAUUGUCCUGCUCGUGUUUGGUGCAGACACGUGCAGCCUUGCUAUCCUUCUUUAUUACAGUGUAUAAUUGGUAAAGGAACAAGACGUCCUACGCGCCACCAUGGUCGCAGAUGAGAGUAAAGGUUGGUUCACCGUUACAAAGAAAGGUCACAAGAAAGCUGCAGAGCUGCGGGGGGAUAGACAAGAUAAUGACGCAGCGGAAGAUGUGCUGAAAGGGUCAGAGACUGGAGGGUUUGAUCGACCGGGUCGAAAGGAGAGGGACGUGUUUGAGGAUGUCACAGAGUCAUCAGCAUCUCAGACAGAAACAUCAUCCCGCACAAGCCGUUCUGCAAGCCCAAGCACCGCCACUGUGAGCGGGGAGAUCGAGGAACACAAAGCAAAGAGCAAGAGGAACAGAACCCGCAAGUCGAAGCCAACGCCUGAUCAGAGUCCACUUUCUCUUCUUGCACUGAAUGCAGCAAUAGAGAACGCCAAGUCCACCUAUGGCGAAGACCAGCGCAGCCAACUAGGAUUUGUCACAGACGUGUUCAUCACACAUUACCGCAGCAGCGAGCUUCCCUUCCGCAAAAUCCUGCAAGAGGAGCCUAUCCAGAAGGCAGCAGAGGUGCCAUUGGACUCUGUUCCAGCUGCGGUGGUGGAAGCAUCCCUGGCCUUCUACAGGGGGUAUGACAUCGCCGUUCUGUCCUCCUUUGCGGGCACCUUGGUGGAGGCUGCCUUCAACGACAUCCCUGAUUCUGCUGCAGCGGUGCCGCCAAAGGCCAACGUAGGGCUUCUGGUGGCUCUGGCGCUGGUGCUGCGGGCUGUGCCAGCCGUGGCUGUGCUGCUGAGUGACAGCCUCCUCCAGGGCAGCACACGCUUUAGCAGCCCACAGCGGCUGCCUUUCUUGCUCUGGACACUGGCGCAGGCAGCCAUUGGCAAUGUGAGCGUGGGAGUGGCGGUGUGGGUGCGCGUGCUCCUGCCGCAAGUGCUGGGGGCACAUUUGGCGGCCAGCGAAGAUGCGGCCCCGGCUAAGCUGCGUGGGGAGUCGGCGGCUGCAGCGCUGGGCUUUGUGGAUCUGUG